AUGCCAUACACGUUCAAGCGUGUACAUACAGCGAGCUUCGUUGUGUUUCGACAAGAGUCUGAUCAUUCUUCCGACGCUGGAAAUGCGACGGUGACUUCCGAGCCGGAUCGCAUCGUUCAGGGUCCUACACCGACGUCUUCUUCGUCCGACGGCUCUUCUCUAAGUGACGAUGAGCUUGGUCUUGCUGUCGGUGGUGGCCUUAUGAUCGUGGUCCUGUUCUGUAUCCUUUUCGUUGGCCACAAACGACGCCGUCGGAUGGAUAAAAACGCCGUACCCGAGCCGUCUCCAGGUACUUUGGACGCGUCCUCAAGACGCUCCCCUGCAGCCGACGAGCUGUACGUGCUCGACAGCAACUCGUUCAUGUCGUCAUCUAUUUCUUUUGGCUCGCGUGUCUCCUGCUUUCUACAAGAACAGUCCACUCUAGAGGAAGCUAACGAGACCUGGCACCACCCACAAGUAAUAGCCGUUCGCGUUUCUGUGAGCGAGAUUUCCCUCGAUGAACUCGUAGCGCGUGGUACCAACAGCGAAGUGUAUCGCGGUCAGUAUAGAGAUCGAGUGGUGGCUAUUAAGAAGCCACUGCCACACUGGCUGGCGGAUCGCAACAACCUCGACGCUUUUUUCGCCAACGUAAAAGUGCUUUCUUCUCCGUCAUUGACGCAUCCUAACGUAGUGUCGUUUCUUGGGGUAUCGUGGAGAUCGCUCGCGUAUGUGUGUUUGGUAUCUGAAUUAAUGGCUGGUGGAGACCUCCGCUCCUUAUUAAGUCGACGACAACACCACCAUGCUCUUGUACGCGAUGAAUUCAGUCGACGAGGAUUUAACCGUCAGAAAAUCUCCAUAGCAACACAAGUAGUGAGUGCACUAAGCUUCCUGCACUCGCAAGGGCUCGUGCACGGAGCCAUUCGGUCUCGGAAUGUCCUAUUGGAUGAAAAUCUGAAUGCAAAACUAUCAGGUUUCCAAGGGAGCAGCGUUCAAUCGGCAAUGGAUCGCAGGAGAAUGAGCCACGAAAGUUCACUUAUAUCAGUACCUCCAAGGCUUUUAACAACGUCCGUACCGAUCGGAGUGGCAGACAGGUUACGACGAGAACGCACGCGCGUUGACGCUCUAUGGAGCGCCCCGGAAGCUCUUCGUGGGGAACGCAGCAACGCGAAAACCGACGUGUUCUCUUUUGGAGUGAUUUUAUGCGAACUCGACUCGUUAGCAGCACCCUAUGGCUACAGUAGUCGAUUUGGUGAACAAGGCGAUAGUGCCGAAUUACUGGAGAAAGUCGCAGCUGGACAUGUCCGUGUGCAUUUCACUAGCUCGGGGAGAGCCAGACACGGACGACGAGGGUCUUCGUCGCCCUCCGAAGUGGAUACUCGCAUCACAGCGGCAAUCGUAAGACUGGGCAAAGCUUGCGUGGCACUGGAUGCUUUCGAACGCCCCUCGGCCGCACAGGUAUCGGCUGAGCUGCACAAGCUACUGCAGACGCCAGACCCCAAGCUUAGUCUUACGCUGAGCAAGCAAGGACCGACGACAGCGUAG